AUGUCCUCUGCUCAUGAUGCCACCACCAAGAUCUCCAUUGACACGUUCGACGGCGACAACUACGCGACGUGGAGCUGCUACAUGCGUGGCGUGUUCCUGACCAAGUCGACGUGGCACGUGGUCAACCAGGAGACCACCCCCACCUUCGCCGAUCCUCGCGCCAGUGAUGAGUACGUCAAGACGAACAACAUUGCGUUCGGCUUGAUGUUACUUCACAUGAGCACGGACUAUCAUCACGUGGUUGAUGACUGCGACGAGGCAUGGGUUGCGUGGACACGGUUGAAGACUCUCUACGGCGGAUCGCAGAAGGCGGGACGGAUCUUCUUGAAGCGGCAGCUGUUCAGCAUGGAGAUGGCGGAAGGCGGCAAUGUGAUGCAUCAUUGCAAUGAAGUUCUCAACAUCAGCGCGAAGCUCAGCAGCAUCGGCGCCAAGAUGGAGGAUGAGGACGUGGCGAUCUGCUUGUUGUGCAGCCUCCCCAAGAGCUACGAGAAAGUUGUGCUGAACUUGGAGAUGAGCAGCGCGGAACUGCGGACGCAAGACGUCGUGAAAGUGCUGACGAAUGAGCACGUCAAGAGACAAGGGAAAAAGACGACAUCGGUGAAAACUGAAGAAGCGACCAAGGCCUUCAGUACCGAGCGUGAGGUUCGUCAGUGUACGUUCUGCGGAAAAUUGGGGCACACGGUGGAAAAGUGCUGGAUCAAGCAUAAGGAAGACAAUCGGGGAGCUCGACGCGGCGGCAAUGUACGUGGACGCGGAGCGAAUCAAGUUCAGUGGCAAGGCUACAACGGCAACAGCAACUGUGACUAUGAUCGAGUGGCGUUUGCUGUUUCGCUGGAAUGCGGACUUUCAACGACCAAGAGCAUGUCUGGAAUGUGGGCGAUUGACAGCGAUGGGAACAAGGCUGCGAUCAACGGUGUCGGGACAAUUAUCGAAAAGGUGACCCUGUCCAACGGUGAAGAGCGCGAAGUCGAGAUCAAGAACGCGCUUUACGUCCCAAGCAUGAACAAAAACUUGCUUUCGAUACCACAAAUCAACAAAAGCGGCAAGUUUCAAGUGGUGUUUGAUGGUGGCGAGAUGAAGGUUUCGCACAAAGGCUCCAAGCAAGUAAUAGCGAUGGCCGAUCUUGUGGAUGGCCUCUACUGGCUUCGUACAUCCCAGCGAUCGGUGAAUGCGGCUUCAGGAACAAGAGUCGAAAACCUUCAUGCGCGUAUGGGCCACGCACCGAUUGAUGUCUUGUGCAGAACGGUCUCCAAGGGCAUGAUCAAGGAUGCCAAGAAGCCAGCAAAAUUGAGCGGAUCAAGCGUGUGUCAAGGUUGUCUAGAAGGAAAAAUGGUUCAACGACCGUUCCCGAGCAAUCCAAACAAGCGCCACUACGAUCCGUUUGAGCUUCUACACAUCGACACUUGUGGUCCAAUGGAAGUCGACUCGCUAGGUGGAAGCAAGUACUUGCUACUGAUCGUCGAUGAAGGCAGCGGAUGUAUGAAGGGUUUCAGUCUGCGCGCCAAGUCCGACAGCGAAGAGUGCAUCAAGAAGUACAUCAUGGCAGUACAGACGCAGUUUGACUACAAGGUCAAGUUCGUUCGACACGAUGGUGCACGAGAAUUUGCGGCGAAUUCGCUCAAGGCAUUUUACGAUGAUCAAGGAAUCGAGCAGCAAGUUACCGUUCCGUAUGCGCAUCAGACCAACGGCACGGCGGAACGGGCAGUUCGGACCAUUGUGACGAUCAGGCGCAGCAUGCUUCACUACGCCAAGCUGAACAAGUGUUUCUGGGGUGAAGCGGCAAUGGCUGCGAUUUACAUCAAGAAUCGCCUACCGUCACCCAAGUGCCAAGAUCGAACCCCAUUCGAGAUCGUCGACGGAUUCCGACCAAGUGUGAAGCACAUGCGGGUUUUCGGCUGCCGAACGUUUGUGCUGACCCCUAAGGAAAAGAAAUCGAAAUGGGAUCCGAAGGCUCGUGAAGGACUAUUCAUGGGGUACGAAGAAGUGUCAAAGGCAUAUCGAGUUUACGACAUUGAAGCGGACCAAGUGGUGAUAUCUCGCGAUGUCACAUUCGACGAAUCAACGCUUGGUUUCUCGCCGAUGCUACCACAAGAAAUUGUUGAUGACACUGCGCUGGAUAUCGAAUCGAUGAACAUCAGCCUCACCCCAUGCAGUUCAAGCAAACUGGAAAACGCAAAAGCCGUUCAAACAGUCAAGAACAAGUUCUACAACAGACACUUCUUGAGCGUCGUGGAACCGGGUUAG